AUGGAUUUGGAGAUUGAAAGCGCUUCAUCCCAUGCAGAAGCGCACACAUGGAUCAAACAUGCCUGUGAUCGUAACGAUCCUUGUCAAAAACAUGUCUUGGGCCGCUUGGUUCAGCAAUCUGGGAGCCUUUUGCGGGGUGGCAGAAAGGCUAACUUGGAUCUUUCUGAACCCCAGGCCAGUGCCCAGAUUUACAUGUCCACGGAUCAGGGCAAGAUUCCAUCAGCACCCGAAGGGGCUAGGGACACUGGAGUUGAUCCUUGUAUGGACGGAUGUUGCAAUGUGCAAUCUCGAUCCGAUGGUGCAAGCGUUGAUGAAAAUUUUUCCUGUCAUUUUCCAAGAACACAUGGUUCGGAGUUUGAGCCACAGCCUUUUGCUGUAGGAGCCUUUGAUGACAUGAUGUAUGGGCAGGGAAAUAUUCAUCAAGUACGACACGACAUUGAUCUCCCCUCUGAGAUGCUUGAUGCCAAUCAAAGUUUUCCUUCCAGCAAUGAGAAAUUUGCCGAUUGUGGGCUUUGGCAAGACUGUGCAAAGGAAGGUACCAGGCGUCAUCAGGGUGAAGAAAGCCGUAUGCUUCAUACCACAGACAGGGUCAAAAAUCAAAAAUAUGGCAGCCAUUUGCGAGCUUGCGGGGAGGGUAACUUGGAUCUCCUUGGGGCUCAGGCUGAAGACAAAGAGGGUCCUUUGCGGAGUGGGGUCAAGGGUUACUUGGAUCUUGGCUCACUUCAGGACCUACAUGACCAAUAUGACCAAUCUCAAAUCAUCGAGUCGAAUUGCAGCAGACAUGUUUCUUUCAAUGAGAAGGUUGACAUUGUCUGCUACCAGCAAGAAGAUGUCUAUCCAGCUACCAUUCGAAUGGCAGAUCAGGCACGAUGCUGUCGCUCACUUUGGCACAUGCAUGGGCAGAUCACCGACAUCAAUGGCUUUUUGCAAGUGUUGGCAGGGUUUGAUUUGGAAGAUUCGUAUCCUACUUCCUUGGAAGUCCAUGGCCAAUCCAGCCGGGAUGACGGGUCCGAGAACCAGGAAGGCCAGCAUGUUGGUGACACCCAUGAUGAAAAACUGGACAAUGAGCUGCACAAAGUGGUGGAUGAAAUUCAAGCAAGCAGGUUGCCAAUCUUUGCCGACACUUGGUUUCUUGCCACGAAUCGGUUUCAAGUUUGUGUGCGGCCAAGGGAGAUGAGGUUGAAAAGCUCUUUUUUGGCCGACCCCGUGCAAUUGGAAAGAGACUGUCGAGAGAUGUGGCGAGAGCUGGACAAUGGUGAUCAAGUCACAUUACAAGUGUUAGGAGGGCUUCCUACACGUCGGCCAGCAAUUAAACUGCACAUUAUCAUUUGGCAAGAUCCGUCGCCUAGGAUGGAUACGAUCAUCUUCCACUCCGAGAGUUUGCCGCCCUUAUUCAAAUACAGGGCGGUCAUGUUCCCAAGAAACAUUGAUGUCAAUACCUUUUUUGAAAGGGCCCAAGUUGAGGGUGCUUGUCAUGUGGGGGUGAAAGCCUGCUACACUCGAUGCUGGGAGUCAGGUGAGGAGAUUCUCAAGAGCAACCUUGAACAGAUGUGGAUACCUUCAAACAGGUACAUUGAGGGAGACAUCAGAAUGGUUGAUGAUGUUGUCCAGCUGGAUAGUGAAGAGAGCGACCAGGGCAGUGAAGCCUCCACUUGGGCUGGGAGCCUAGCCGACAGUGUGGAAUCUGAUGAAAGUUUUCUCAUGUCAGGCGGUCCUCCACUUUUCCAGUUGGAUGAUUACAUGCAACACAUGUGGGAAACAGCAGGAAUGGAAGACGUUGAUAUGCAGGAUGAGGUCCAAGAGCACAUUGAGCAGGUGCAGUCCGAGAUAUUGUAUGCACCGCAGCACCUGGGCCACCUGUAUGAUGAGAUUGAUCGUCUUCGAGAUUUGCAAAAUGAAGAUGGAUCAGAGUGGACAGCGGCAACCUUUGGACUUGGACUGGUUGAUUUGGGACGCAGAGAUGUGCGUUUCAACCCUUUCAAUCUCAGAGGUUUGUUGGAAACAAUUCACAGGACCUGGAGUGAUCACAGCCUAUAUGGCAAUAUAGUGGUGUUCAACGUCCACCCACAGCCAGUAGAUUUCUUGGGUCCAAGAAUGGUGGCAGUCCUGGUGGUGAUAGAGAUGCCAGAAUCACGAGAUGUCACCACACGCAAUGUGCUGGUUGUGGAGCAAGCUGCUGCAGAUGUUGGUGCCAGACCUCAGCCAUAUGGAGCGCGCUUGACUUGCGAAGUUUCUGAGCGAGAAAUCCUGGCCCAAUUGCAGCUGCAUCACCACUGUCCACCGUUUGCAUUGCGUCCUUGUCAUGUGCGUUUAGGUGAAGUGAUCCUGGAAAAGGGCCAGUUUUACGAUUUUGACCAUGGUUCACUCUGCAGAACUUGGAUUGGAAAUGUGCAUUCACAGGUCCUUCAAGCGGAGCAAGCUGUGUAUGAUGCCGAACAAUUCUUUUUGCAGGCACAAGCUUUCUUAGAGACCGAGAACAGUCCGCAGAUCAUGACAUGCAGAGUCCAUGGAAUUUCUCCGCAGAAUCGCCCUUUGGGAUCACGUGAUAUUCACAUUGAUCCAGUGUGGUUGUAUGACCUGGAAUGGAUUGAAAGAAUGAGAAUGUUAUGGCCUUUUGAUGCCAACUUUGCCGGUCUUUAUUUUGUGAAGUCGGCAACAAGUGAUCAACACGACAUCGAACCAACAAUUUUUCAUUUCAUUGCCAGAUACGGCCAUCAUGAAGGACUGCCUGUCCUAGUCAGACAGCAGCUUGUUGCUGUCGAACAAGUGCCACAGGAGCCACGUGAUGUCCAGGAGUUCUGGGCAAUAUCCAUUCCUUCAGGUGAGAUAGGUUUUCAUGUGGUGGCCAGCAUGCCAAAACCCCCAUUCUGGUUUGAGUUUGCGAGGAUUCAGAGGAUAUACCCACACCUGGCUGUUAAUGGAGUGCGCAUGAGGGACCUCAGACAACAUUGGAUGCCGGGCGAUUUCUUGCAAGCUCGUUUCCUAGUUUGGCAAAAUCACCAUGUGUUGUCCAUGUUGGUUGGAAUGGCGCAAGAUCGAAAUGAUGAAGAGCCUGAGUUCACGUCAUUUUUGCAGUUCAGAGGAACAAAGGUGCAGUCAGUGCACAAUUGUGGUGAACAGCUUGACGACGCUUUUCAGGAAAUUUGUUGUGCCAUCAGAGAGCAGGGCAUUCAAGCCGUGCAAGAAGAUGCAGAGGUUCAUGUUGUGCAUCACAAAACCAGCGAUGUCAAAGAGUCACAAGAUGAUCAUCAAAGGUCACAGGUCACCAAAGAUGAUGUUCACAGGAAUGAUGGUGACAUUAUCGGCUGGUCCAUUAAUACGCUUCAUGAAUGUCUUCAAAGAAUUUGCGAAAGAGGUCAAGAAGGCAUCAAUUCAGACUUCUCCAUCAUACCUCAUUUGCACCCACAUGCCAAAAUUGCGGCGGAAUGGGUCUCAGAAACCACCUCAGAUGUUGAUGUUUGGCAUGUUUUCACAGAUGGAUCAGCCAAAAAUGACAAAGCAACAUGGGCUAUGGUCAUCUUACAGGAAAUACAUGUGCAUGACAGCAUAUGUUAUGCCCGAGUUGGCUAUGCAGCGGAUGAAGUGAAUGACGAGAUUGGCAAAGUGGAUCAGACUGCCAUGGAUGCAGAAGCCACUGCCAUCAUUGCUAUGAUUGAGUACGCUCUUGCCAACUGCACCAGAGACAAUGUGGCUGUUUAUUGUCAUUUUGAUGCGUGGACAGUUGGUUUCGGAGCUAUGGGUGAUGGAGCCAUCCCAUGCAAAAGGGACUCAGUGUCAGAAAGACAAAAAGCUGCCAGAAUGCUGAUGACGGUUUUGGAGAGACGUGCGGAAGCGAGGCAGGGAUCUUGCACUGGAGUUCACGUUUGUGCUCACCAGGGUCAUCCAUGGAAUGAAAUGGUGGACAGUAUUGCCAAAGAGGUUUGGAAGGGAUGGAAACCAUUGAAGAAAUUUCACUUCAAGUCAGGACCUCUCUUGCAGCACAGGCUGGCAAACUGGGCAUGGAUUGAAGCAGCUCCUUCCCUUGAGCUGCCUGGUUUGAAGCGCAUCUUGUUGAACGAAUCACCAGAUGAAGAUAGAGGAAAGCCAGAUGCGACUUUGCAGGGUGUGGUAAGUCAACCCCUUCAAUCCCUCUGCAGUGCCAAAAUCAGGAUUGCCACUGCUAACGUGGGCACCAUGCUAUAUGGUUCAGAGCAAGGCCAGGGAGUGAGAAACAAAGCCAUGGAACUUCUCAGACAAUUUGAAGAGAAUGGCGUUCACAUCAUUGGCGUGCAAGAGUCAAGAGCCCACAGGACACAAUGUGUAGAAAAUGGACCUUACACACGCAUGAUUGUGGCUGGUGAGAAAGGAAAUGCUGGAGUGGAGCUUUGGAUCAAUGGUAGGGCUUUAGCUCAGACUUUUCGGGCAGAUUUCAAUCCAAGCACCGAUCUGUGUGUGUGGCAUCAAAGCAAAAGAAUUCUUGCAGCCAGAUGCAACUUUGGCAGAGCCAUGUUCGACAUCAUGGUCCUUUAUGCACCUCAAAGAGGGAGGCCACCACACGAAAUUCAGGAGUGGUGGGACGAGCUGCACAAAAUUGCAGCUACCAGAGACAGCAAUGUCAAUUUGAUUUGCUUAGGCGAUUUGAAUUGCAAGGUUGGCAGUAUUGUGACUGAUGGAAUUGGUGAUCAUGCCGGAGAAAUGGAGGAUGAAGGAGGGGAACGUUUUAGAGAGUUCUGCGCAGAGCAAAAACUCGUGGUUCCAUCCACUUUCGCUCAUUGGCACUCUGGUGUCACCGCUACGUUUGUCAGUCCACAAAACACUCACAGCCGCCUUGAUUAUAUUGCCAUUUCUGCUGCUUGCCAAGAGGGUAUUGUCGAGUCACACGUUGAUGUUGACAUGGACAUGAUGAACGGUGACCGCGAUCAUCAUCCACUGGUGGCGACCUUGGCCAUCCAAUGCGUCCAGGCUCAUGAAGGGAAAUUGAAAAAGUGCAACAUAUAUGACCGACAAGCUGCAAGAGCCAUGAAAGCAAAGCAGAAGGUUUCGUUGUUGGACAGUUUUCCCAUGCAGCAUUGGUCGGAUGAUGUCAAUUUGCACUGGGCAAAUUUGCGGCAACAUGUGCAAGAGCAAGCAGCAAAACAAUUUCCAUGCCCAAAGCGAAAGCAGCGUCAGUUGUAUUUUUCCGAGGUCACAUGGAACCUGCUGUGCGACAGAAAAGAGCAUCGGAAGCAACACAGAGAGCUGCAAAGGCAGAUCAAGCGGCAUUUGCUCCAGAGGGUUUUUCAUGCAUGGAAAACAAAUGAUGAUCUGGCAGGGCAAAGAUCACUCUGGGAUCUGGAUUUGAGCAUGCUCAGGCAGCAAGAAGCGGUUGUCCUUGAGGCGAGGAUGAAGUUGGAUACCAAUUUCAGAGUGAACAAAAACAGAGACUGGAAAAAUUGGGUUGACAAACUUUUGGAGGACAAGAUCUCCAAUGCGAACAGUGCUGGUAAUGACAAGCUGUACAAGAUUUUACAGCCGAAAAGGAUGAUCGCCAAGCAUUGUGGAAAGUUGAUCAAGCCGCUUCCAGGUCUCAGGAAUCAAGAAGGAGAGUGGCAAUUCUCCAGAGAAGCCAUAGCUGCGGAAUGGCAACAUCAGUUUGGACAGAUUGAGCACGCCGAAAUUGUGCAGUUUGAAACAUUGAUUGAAAGAUCGCAGCCCCAAACAGGUACACGAACUGUGCAGCAUCUUGAAGAGAUUCCGACCUUGCUGGAUGUGGAGAAGGCGCUGAGGGAUUUGAACGAUGCAAAAGCCACAGGUCUUGACGGUCUGGGAGCUGAAUUGUUUCAAACCGAAUGUGCAAAAGCAGCAAAAAGGAUUUAUCCUCUGGUGUUGAAGAUGGGUUUGAGAUGCCAAGGGAUCCCCGAGCUCUCCGGUGGAUGGUUGCUGCCUUUGUUUAAAGGUAAGGGGAGUGCUCAGCAGAUGGCCGGUUACAGAGCAAUUCUCUUGGAACCUGUAAUUGCAAGGGCUAUGUCACGUGCAUGGCGUCCCAAACUGACCAGAGGGUUGGAAGCCAUAGCAAUGCCCAUGCAAUGGGGAGGACGAGCAGGCCUAUCAAUAGAGGCUUUGCACCUGCAAGUCCAACUAUGGCAAGCGAACGCCACCAUCAGAAAAGAAUCCCAGGGUCUCAUCUUCAUAGACAUCAGAGCAGCUUUUUACUCUGUGGUCAAACAAAUGCUGACGGAGGAAGGAAGUAGCGAGCCUAGAACACGUGCAGUUUUUGAGAAGAUGAAGCUCCCAGAAUCAGUUUGGGAAAGUUUUGCCGCACAUGUGGAUGAAUGCUCCCUGGUGAGACAAGCAACAGGGUCUACCAUUUUGGCACAGGGCACCCAGGCGAUGUUGGCACACAAUUGGUUUGCCAUACCUGGAGCUUCCAGCAUCUCAUCCCCGAUGACGGGGACAAGGCCGGGAGACCCCAAUGCAGACUUGCUUUUCGGUCUGCUUCAAGCCAGAGUGUUAGCCAUGUUGCACAGCAGAGCCUCCCUUGCCGGCAUGCCACUUUUUCCAGAUGAUAAAAAUGGGCUCAAAGUGCCGAAUUGCGUCACGUGGGUGGAUGACAUUGCCAUUUCGAUCACCAGCUCAGCCAAGGAUGUGGUUGCGCAGACGACGCACAUGUUGUCACUUGUACGUGAUGUGAUGCUGGAGUAUGGUUUGCAAUUAUCCUUUGGAGCAGGGAAAACAGCAGCAAUGAUCACUUUCCAUGGCAAAGGAGCGCACAAGGCGCGGCAAAAUUUUGAGGGCAAGCAAAGUGAUCAUUUGACCAUUCUCACCGAGCACCAAGGGGCCGUCCAAGUGCCCAUUGUGACGCAUUACAAACAUCUGGGAGGCUUCAUCACCAAAUCAGGUAGCAAGUUCCAGGAGAUUCGUAUCAGAGCUGCUGCCACUAUGGCAAAGUUGAAACCCCUGCGCAAACUCCUGAAGAGCCCUGAGUUAGCAAUUGAAAAGAAACGCCUCAUCUUGCAGAGCAUGGGGGUUUCCGUGCUUACCUUGCAUUCAGGGACAUGGUUCAAUUUGACCCAGUCAGAGUUUGCGGCAUGGCAAGCAGGGGUUUUUCGAACCUAUCAAAUGAUUCAACCCAGACAUGAGGAUGGGCAAGUGCCUCACACUCAGUUCUACAAGCUAGCUAGCGAGGCUGGUUUACCUAUGCCAAUGGAGCUGCUGUACAUUCAGAGAUUGAAGUUGCUUUUUCAUGUCAUGGGAGUGCAAGAUGGUUUCAUGAUCAAUGGCAUCCUGGAAAAUCAUGAAGCGGACGUUCAAUGUUCAUGGUUGUAUGGUGCUAUGAAAAGCAUCAAAUGGAUGCGUAGCCAGGUGGGCAACUUUGUGGUGCCGGAGGAACUGGAUGAGCUGCAAGAUGUAGCUACAUGGAAUCUGUUUGCACCACAUGCCAAGAGGUUGCAGCAGUACCUCAAAAAGGUUCAAAGGGCACAUCUUUACAAAAUCAGAGCAUUGUGCGCUGUCAAAGACCAUUCAAUCAGACAGAAUGAAAUUCUUUUUGACAUGGGCUGGACAUUUGAUGCACCCAAUGAUGAUUUGGGUGGCGUGGAGGCACAUCGCUGUGAGUUAUGUGAUGAUGUGUUCGAUACUCCAGCAGCAUUGGCGGUGCACCAGCAAAAGCGGCAUGGUCUGAGAAUUGCAACGCGCAGGUUUGCAAUUGACAGCUGCUGUCGUGCCUGUGGAAGAUGCUAUCACACGCGCUCCCGUCUGCUCCGACAUUUGCAUGUGGGCAAUACGGAUUGCUGGGUUUGGCAUUGCAGACGUUACAUUCCAAUGACUGUGGAAGAAGCAGAAGAAAAAGACAAUGAGGACCGAAAGAAAGGAGUGGCCAUGCAUCAGAAAGGGUUUGCGGAUGUGGAAGCAGACAAAAUGUGGCGGCCAUGCACUGAAAUCGAGCUCAUGGAUCGUUUGCAGUGCAGAGAGGAUGUUAUGGACAGUUCAGAACAAGUGAAUGACAGUGAAUUGAAGCAGUGGAGCCAGUUCGGGAUGCUGCCGCCAGGAAGAGGUGGAAGAGUGAAGACAUCUCGAAGGGCCACUGAGAUGCACUUGUUCAAUGUCAACAGAGACAUUGCAAUGUUGGAAAAUACCAUGCUAAAGGAGGUGGGACGCUGGUCGCCAGACUUUUCAUGGGUGCCAAGACCGCUAUCAUGUGGUGCCAGAUAUUUUUUGGUGCUAUUUAGCGGCCAUCGUCGGUUUGCCGACAUUGCUCAGCAGUUGUCUUGGAAAAGCAACAUCAUACCGAUUUGUGUGGAUUUAGCCGUGGAUCCUUGGCACGGCAAUAUCCUGCGGGACACACUUUGGCUCCAACUUAUCAGGGCAAGGAAAGUUGCAGGUGCUCACGCAGGUCCCCCCUGCGAGACUUAUACCUUUGCCCGUUGGAUUGAAGUGGAAGGAGGUGGACCAAGACCAUUGCGGACCACUUCAGAACCAUGGGGAAAAGAUGAGCUUACCAUCAAGGAGGUCGAGCAGGUCUUCAUUGGUACCAUCCUCAUGCUCCAAGCGAUCUAUUUGCUGCUACUGGUGUUUUUGCAUGGAGGCAGCUUUUCACUGGAGCACCCCAAGGGCCAGGGUGGAAAGGAUGGCAAGUGGUCCAUAUGGGACUCCGCCUUUGUCAAACAACUUAUGCUGUGUGCGGAGGUACGGAGGGUGGAUUUCCUUCAAGGCCCAUUGGGCCAGCCAUUUCCGAAGCCUACCUCGAUGCUUACAGGCAGAUUGGAAAAGUUUGCCACGCUGCUGUUCGAACACUACCAGCCCAACUGGAGGCCAACUGACAGAUUGGGUGGAAGGGAGAAAGGCAGCAAGCAGUGGAAAACGGCGAAGGCGAAGGCUUAUCCACCUUUGCUGUGUAAGGCUGUGGUGGAAGCACAUCUUCAUUUCGCAGAGACCAUCACAAGUGAUCAUGAGGAGCCUGAACCUGAAGGGCUGCGUGAAGCCCUUCAAGCGUUAGCCCAGCCUUUUGAUCCAUACAGCAUGGACAACAAAGGACCAUGGUCUCCAGCCGGACCACAUCAGCUUCAACCUGGCCAUGGCCAGUUGGAAUCGCAGCUGGCCCCAAGUGCUGCAGCUAGUGGCCAGGAUGCGGGAAGGCUGACAGUAACCUGCCACAGGGGUUUUCUGGCUCAACGCCCUGUCUCCGUCUCGCAGCGUCGAAAACGCCCUGUCGCCAUGGAAGCGAAGGCCAAGGCGUCCAGCCCGCCCCUGACCAUCCGUGGGCAGAAGCUGUCUGGGGAGGAGCCGCUCGGCGAUGAAUCGCUGGAGCCCGUGAUCAUUUCCGGCUCUUCUACUGUACAGCAGCUCAGUGAUCUCUUUCGCCAGCAGCUUGUGGGCGCUCCGUGCCGCGUGACUUUGGCACUGCAUGGGCAAGCGUUAUCCAUGGAUGACACUGUGGAGAGUUGCCGCCUCACUGAUGGGGCAGACGUCCAUGUCAUCAUUCGACCAGAUGCCUGGACCCUGCGAGAGGUGGAUAUGGACACGGGCCUGCGGGUUGUCCUGGAAGGAGAUGCUUGUUGGGAGGGUGAGACCCUGCUGCUUCGCCAUGAAACGGCCUGUGCUUCACCUGGCUGGGACAUCUGCCCAGAUCUCGACAGCGACUUUGCAGUGGAGGCCACUGUGAAGCUGGACGAAUGGCCAGGGCCCGACUGGCAAGGCACAGUGGUCUCGCAACAUGGCAGUGGCACUGGAUGGGAGCUCCGCUGUGGAGGUCCGGGAGUGAACUGUGUGUUCACUACUUCACGCGGCGGUCACAACGAGCAUAUGCUUCCACUGAAGGGCAAAGUGGGCAAAUGGCAUCACCUUUGUAUGGUCUACGAGAAGUCCACCCGUUCCAUCACAUUGUACGCCGAUGGUGUCGGGGGUGAGCCGAAGAAGAUCGAGGGCAAAUUCAAGCCCCACACACGAGGUGGCGUGGAAAUCGGCAGGAAUCCGGCCUGGCAUGAUCGCGGCAUUGUUGGAAGGAUCCGCAACGCCACCGUUUGGCCUCAGGGUCUCAACACCAAGGAUUUGCCUUUCCUGGCUGCAGAGCAAGUGGCUCAAGCCGAAGCAUCAGAACUUGAUCUGAAGCCCACUAGUGCUGUGAUUGCCAUCGAUGCGUGCCGCAAGGCAGGCAGAUGGCAAUGCAGCCUGGCCUUGCUGAAGGAGGUCUCCAUCAAGGUCACAGCUGCAGACUUGGAAUCGUGCUAUAAUGCCACGAUCAGCUGCUGCCCCUGGUUUUGGGCCCUGCACUUGGCUCUUGAGAUGUCAAGGAGGCACACCGUGAACGGAAUUACUUUGGGCACGGUGCUGCGGUUGCUGAGCCGGGCAGGGCGCCAGGACUUGGCUAAGCGAUGGUCAGAAGAAUUGAGGCGCGGGUGGCAGCACCGUUGGCUGGCUCAGACGGAAGCGCCAAUGCCAGGAGUCUUGGAGAAGUUGCGUGGUGAGGCGGUGCAGGGUGCAGGUGUGCUGGCAGUUUUGAAGCCCGCAGAUUGCACCAGCGAAGCCACCCUGGAAGGGCUGCAAUCACAGUUGGCCACAGAGGGGUGGCCUGGAAAACUGACGUUGGUGUCCCGAUUGGACUACCAGACCUCUGGGGUUUUGCCCAUGGCCCUUGGGCCAGAAGAUGGGCCUGCAGCACAGUGGCUCCAAGCGCAGUUCGCUUCAUGUCAGGUGAGCAAGGAGUACUUGUGCCUUUGCGGCUGCGAUGGCUCUGACUUGGAACUACUGGAGACCUGGAAGGGUCAGCGCACGCUGGUGGAUACGCCCUUGGCGCAGCAAAGGUCGCGGCAGAUUGGGCCUCGCGUGGUGCCAGAUUUGAACGGGAAGGAGGCGCGGACGGAGUUCCAAGUCCUUGAAACCUUUGAAGAUGCCGGGCAGGCGUUGAUGCUGGCAGCUGUUUGGCCGCUGACUGGGCGGAUGCACCAAAUUCGCGCUCACAUGGCCAGCCUGAGCCAACCCAUCGUGGGAGAUCGAGCCUAUGGGGCUCGAACGAGGUUUGCAGCGGGACGAGUGUUCCUCCAUUGUCGAUCCGUCAGCUUGACGGAUCUGCUGGGGAAGCCCUUCGUGGUGGAAUACCCACUACCUGAG